AAGUAUCUUGUCGUCACUACAUAAUCUUUGCUCAAAAUGGCGGUUCUGUAACGUCAACAACCGGACCGGAGGCUGAACCCGUCGAAGUGAGAUACAAACACAGCUUCCUGUGGUGGGAUGACUGACGCGCUGACACGCACAGCUCACCCACACUCGAGGUGAGCGGGUCUUCAGCAUCAAGGGGAGGUCACCUGCAGACCUCCUCCGAAUCUCUUCCACCACACGUGGAUCCUCCAGAGGGUUUCUGCUGAGAGAGAAAAUCCAUCAGGCGCAUCCCAGAGAGCUGCUGUGAAGCCUCUGACUGAGUCACACAGAAGAUUUUCAGGUGAAGUGUUCGCUUCAUGGAGCUGCCACUCAGCCUUCGUCAGCUGCAGCACUUGUCUCAGUGACUGCACUGAGCAUGCGCGGUCGGUCAGCUAUCCGGCGGGUGUUUGAGGAAGUUUGGAUCAACUUUCACUAGCUUACCUGUUGCGUGUGUUGAUGUUAGCUCACCUACAGUCACGGAGAAACCACCAGAAAUGACUUCAACAUCUGAGCUGGAGCAGCUGGCAGAGAUAGAGCUUCAGAAGGAGGAAGAGGAGGAGGAAGAGGAGGAUCAGAUGUGUGUCACAGAUGCUCCAUCAGCUCAACCAAGGAGCAGCAGCUUCAGUCCUGACCCCUCCCACCCGUACUACGACGUGGCUCGACACGGCAUCAUCCAGGUCUCUGGUGACGACAACUACGGCAGGAAGUUGAUCAUCUUCAGCAGCUGCUGUUUGCCUCCGUCACACCAGCUGAACCACCAACGCCUGCUCGAGUAUCUGAAGUUCACGUUGGACCAGUACGUGGAGAUGGACUACAUCCUGGUUUACUUCCAUUACGGUCUGAGGAGCAGCAACAAGCCGUCUCUGAAGUGGCUACGAGAAGCGUACAACGAGUUUGACAGGAAGUACAAGAAGAACCUGAAAACUCUUUACGUCGUUCAUCCGACAAACUUCAUCAGAAUCGUCUGGAACAUUUUCAAACCUCUGAUCAGCCACAAGUUUGGGAAGAAGCUGACAUACGUGAACUACCUGGGUGAGCUUAGAGAUCACCUGAACUACGAGCAGCUCAUCAUCCCUCCAGACGUCCUUAGACAUGAUGAAAAGUUACGAGCGGCUCAGAAAGUCGGACCCCCUCCCUCUGUGAAAACUCCCCCACCUCGACCCCCCCUGCCCACACAACAGUUUGGUGUCAGUCUGCAGUACAUCAGAGAGAAGAACAGGGAGGCGAUAAUCCCUCCUGUCAUUCAGCAGACUGUCGUUUACCUGAAAGAAAAAGGUCUGAGGACAGAGGGGAUCUUCAGGCGUUCAGCUCGUGUUCAGCUCAUCAAGGACGUUCGGAAACUCUAUAACCUGGGGAAGCCUGUGAACUUUGACCAGUAUGGUGACAUCCACGUUCCCGCUGUGAUCCUGAAGACAUUUCUUAGAGAGCUGCCUGAACCUCUGUUCACCUUCAGAGUCUACAACCAGGUCCAGGAAAUCCUCCAUGUGGAGAGCAGUCUUCGUGUGACGAGGUGUAAACAGAUCAUUGAAAGCCUUCCUGAACAUAAUUUCAUCGUGGUGAAAUAUCUGCUGUGUUUCCUCCACAUGGUGUCCCAGGAGAGCAUCGUGAACAAGAUGAGUCCGUCUAACCUGGCCUGUGUCUUCGGGGUAAACCUUGUUUGGCCUCGUCACGGUUCGAUCUCUCUCACUGCUCUGAUGCCGAUCAACAUCUUCACCGAACUCCUCAUCGAACACUUCCACACCGUGUUCGGCUCCCGCUGCCCACCUGGACAGGUAACACCCUGAAACCAGAAACACCUGGAUUCACAUGUGGACACUCAUCCUCUGGGAAUUUACUUUUUUUUUUUUUUGGUUGAUUGAUCAACUGUUUUUCCGUCUGUCUGACCUCCCGUCUGGGCUUCACGUUUAUUUUUCUACACCAAAAAAAUCUAAAUCUAAAGGUCAGAUUGUCUGAAACGUUGAUGCCGCCCAGAGGAUGAACCCUUCACAUUAUGGACAUUAUUUUGGACUUUGGAUUGGAUUUUAUUCCUGUUUGUACUAGCACAUCUUCACUAUGGACAGGAGGAAGACAAAAACCAUGUUACUGGGUUUUUGUUAAGUCAGUGUUGUUGUAGAUUUGUUACACUUAAGACAGUUUUAUACUUUUAGAGCAAUAUAAUUAAAAUUUGCACAAACUUGAACAGAAUGUUGGUGUUUUAAUGUUAUAUUUAUGAAUUGAUGUGGAGGUAAAGCUUCUUAUGACCAACAUGUGUAGAGAGCAGAACAUUUUACAGUGUAAAACAGUAACCUUGUCAGUGGUUCUUUUGCAUUUCCAACAUCUGAGGAGGUAAAAAUCACACAAAUAGCAAAUAUUAACUGCUUGUUGCCACUGACAGGUUCAGAUUGUUAUUCUAAGUGUCUGACAACAUUGCGGAUAGGAUUCCUACAGAGAUAUAGCUUUUUUAUUAACGAGUAAGAUCCUUUUUGUAUAACCAGAAACAUCACUAUUUAUCACCACCAGACUCCAUUGACAAAAACAAGAAUUUUACUGGGAGCUGCUGGGGUACCACUGCCUCCAUCUGUUAGUUUGUUUGUGUUGUUGUGUGACUUUCAGUGGUGGAGGAAGUAAUCAGAUACUUUAUUUGAGUAAACGUACCACACAGUAACACAAACAUACUAACAGAUGAAGGCAGAAGUAUUUGUAUAUCUGCGCUGUAAAAUUCCUGUUUUUCUCAAUGGAGUCUGGUCUGUUGUCAGGAGCUUUAAAAAGAGAAAAAAAGACACUUGAAUCUUUUGUUCUUGAAUUUUGUUUAUUAAUGAUUCAAUUUUUUGUAAGAACUUGGUACAAAAAAGUGAGACUACUCUUUAACCAUUUACCAACUUUUCCAUCGAUCGACUUUUUAAUGCAUCAUAAAGAAGAAAAAACUACAUUGGCAUAUUUAAGACAAACACUUUCCUAUACACACUAUCCACUGGACAGUCCCCUUAUCAAUGACAAAGAAAAAAACUUCUACUUCAACAGCCAACAGACAUUUUUAAUUUCCAUCUAAACGCCCUUGUCGUCGUCGUGUCGUCGCCUCCUCAUGGCAAAAAUAAAACAUUGAACGUUGCAAGCUAGAAGUCAGAAUGCAGAACUGGCAAACAAUAGAAAACCCCAAUGUUCUGUUUUCUUAAUUUUUUGCUCCUUGAUAAAAGAAUAUAAAAAUGUUCUAACUUUUUUUUUUUUUUUAACUUCUUUGUUCAAAUGUUGUGUCGUGUAUUAAAAUAGAUCUGUUUAAGCACUGCA